AUGUCUUGCCCAGACUGUUUCAGCGGCUCUACUCGUGAGAGUGUGGCCCUCCGAGGGACGGUGUCGACCAUUCACGGCCUCAAGGCAUAUAUCAGCGAACCAACAAGCGGCCGACCUAUUCGUGGCAUCAUCGUCAUAAUCCCCGAUGCGUUUGGCUUUGAUUUUGUAAACAACCACGUUCUCGCCGACCACUACGCCGAAAAAGGAGACUAUAGAGUAUACCUUCCAGACUUCAUGCUUGGCUACUCGGCGCCUGUAUGGCUGCUUGACACAAUGAAGGAGCUUCAUACGGGCAAAAAUAUCCUCACCAAGCCAUUACACAUCUUAUGGGCCAUAUAUGGCGUGGUCCCUUGGAUCUUGAGGAAUCGUAUUGGCCGUUCGUACCCUAUAGUCGAGAGAUUCUUUGGCGAGUUACGCAAGGCAGAGGGUGCUACGUUACCUAUCGGCGUUGCCGGAUUCUGUUGGGGCGGCAAGCAUGCCUUGCUUCUCGCGCAGGGUGCCAAGUUUGACGGGUUAACUCUGAUUGAUGCGGCCUUCACGGGGCACCCUAGUAUGGUCAAGCUUCCAGACGACGUUGUUAACCUGAAGCAGCCGGUUUCUUUUGCCAUUGGCGACAGGGAUACGCAAAUAACGCUGGAAAAGGCACGGGAAGUGGAGGCGCUGCUUGCCCAAUUUCCCGAGAGUCAGGCCUCUGAGCUACGCAUCUACGGUGAUACGGGACAUGGGUUCUGUGUGCGUGCGGAUAUCACGGCGGGCGAGUCGGAGAGCGCGAAACGUGCCGGAGAGGCAGAAGAUCAGUGUAUCGACUGGUUUAACAGACAUUUGCAGCCGAGGCUAUCAAGGACCGCUUAG